GGAGACUCCACCCAGAUUGCUGACCCUGAGACCUGCGACCGAAUGUAUGAGAGCUUAGUCAGAAUCCACACCAACUACUACAAAAACAAGUAUCCACGCCUGAAAGACACCAACUUCACUGGAGUGACGGUAGAAGAUUGCAAGAUGAUCCUAGCAACAGACAUUCUGAAACAGAUGGAAGACAUGAAAAAAGGGACAUGGAAAAAACUGCGAGAAAAGUUUUAUGCCAAGAAACCUGAAGAGGACUCAAAGUGAUAGGCUAACUCCCAGAUUCUCUGCUGUAUAUAUUCCUAAAGAACUCUAUGUUGCCAUGAUGAAUAAAACCAUUUAUUCCUCUUAGC